AUCUGUAGUUUACAAACAGAGUUUCCGGCUUCCAGAAAGUCAAGCACUUCACAAGUUAACAAGGAGCUUUGUUUUCACAACCCCCAGAAGACAAAUAUCUAUUGUUGGUAAUUCCGUUACUUCACUGCAUGAACAGAUUGUGUGGAUCCCAUUCAUACAAGUGACACCAACAAAGAGUGACAAUCUUGAUGAUGGACUCUAGAUAGUUUGGCAAGCCAUGAUCAUCCAGAAUUAAAUGAGGUGGAUGAUCUGCUAGAAGUCUCAUUUAAUAUAGAGAAACUCAUUUAACUGUAGAGAUUUGAGCCUUUCAGAGAAAAAAGUUUCCUACAUAAAUACUCUCUACCUGUUCUUGUAUUUACUUCAAACAAACUUCAGUGACUCGCAUCUUGCUUUUUGCUGUUGCACCCUUCUCCCCAUCAUUUUAGGGUGUUCCUAGUGCUCCACCCAUGCGACAUAAGGAGCGGAUCUCUAUCUCAUGCUCUACCCAAUCUCUGCAGUAACAGGGAGGUGAGGACUGAUGAAAAUUAAGCUAGUUCUAGUGAGAAAGAUUCCAUGCAGGGCAAAUUAGAUUGAGUAAAUGUGACUGAAGUCCCAAAGAUGCAGCUUUUUCUAUUUCCAUUUUGCAGGCAAUAGAUUUAUUUCAAGGGGAGCGAGGGAAGGUAAAUAGAUCUUUAAUUGCUGACUUUCUUUCAUCCUCUAAUCUCAACUCAUUUUCAAAUACCUAAAUAUAACUACAAUCCUGUUUACUAAGGGGAAAAAGGAUUAUUAUUUUUUAAUAUGAUAGCCAAAUGAAAGUUAAUGCCAUUGCAAUUGUUUUCUUUUAUCAGUUUCCUCCCCCGGCUAAAAAAAAAUGAAACCAAGGACAAAUGCAGAUGUAACAGACUUGCAAGUAACCUAAAUACACACAGACAAGGAAUUCCUCUUACACUGUAUCUCCAACUGUUUAAAAAUUUUAACAGUUGUUUUCUCUACCGUUAACUUGUUUCCUUUUACAACACUCCUUUUGUACCAGAAAUCACCCAAGCAAUUUUUCUCUGACUUGGCACAAUUUCUGAUGCCUCUUCAGCAGCAAAGGCCCACAUGAAUCUAUGCAGCAGAACAGAUCAGGCCUUCUCAGUUCACUGUUCUGUCAAUAGUGGCUUGCAUGAGAAGUUUCAGGAACAGCAUCUGUGACCCCUCACUAUGAAUGCCACAGACCCAGGAGCUGAGAUGGAAGACAUGGAUUUUGAGGAUAAGAAGGCCAAGAAGUACUGCAUCAAGACAAAGCAUGUGGCUAUCAUCUGUGGCGUUGUUGCUGUUGUAGGUCUUGCUGUGGGCCUUGGCGUGGGAUUGAGCAAAUCUCAGCAAUCUCCAGAGUACACAGACCAGCCGGAUCAGCCAGCAACUUCUCCACCCACAGUGGAUGCAGGUCCCUGUCCUCCUAAAAGCGAUGCGUCUGGAGACUGGAGAAAUUUCAGGCUACCCACCUAUGUGAAGCCUAUACACUAUGACCUGGAAGUGAAGCCUGAGAUGGAGACAGACAUUUACACUGGGACAGUCAGUAUUUCUAUUGCUUUGGAACAAUCUACAAGCCACCUGUGGCUCCACUUGCGGGAGACCAAGAUUACAGAAAUGCCUACACUCAGAAAAUCCUCAGGACAGCAGAUCGCUCUGAGUGACUGUUUUGAGUAUGAGGCACAAGAGUACAUAGUGAUGAAGGCAGAAGUGGAACUCACUGUCGCUGAUGAAAGUAAUCCCUAUAUACUCACCCUGAAGUUUCAAGGCUGGCUGAAUGGUUCCCUGGUUGGCUUUUAUAGGACCACCUACACCGAGAAUGGAGAGACUAAGAGCAUUGCAGCUACUGAUCAUGAGCCAACAGAUGCACGGAAAUCAUUUCCUUGCUUUGACGAGCCCAACAAAAAGGCAACUUACAAUAUAUCUAUCAUCCAUCAAGACGCGUAUGAAGCACUUUCAAACAUGCCAGUACAGGAAACUGUAUCACUGGGUAAUGGCUGGAAGCGGACAACUUUUCAGAAGUCAGUUCCCAUGAGCACUUACUUGGUAUGCUUUGCAGUGCACCAGUUUGAGUGGGUAGAGAGAAGAUCUUUUAGUGGAAUACCCCUGAGAGUUUAUGCCCAGCCACAGCAAUUACACACGGCAGAAUAUGCAGCAGAUGUAACAAAAAUUGUGUUUGACUUCUUUGAAGAGUACUUUAAUUUGAGCUACUCUCUUCCAAAACUAGACAAAAUAGCUAUUCCAGAUUUUGGAACAGGUGCUAUGGAGAACUGGGGGCUGAUCACAUACAGAGAAACAAACCUACUUUAUGACCCCAAUGAGUCUGCCAGUUCCAACAAACAGAGAGUGGCAGCUGUAGUAACCCACGAGCUCGUUCAUCAGUGGUUUGGAAAUAUUGUGACCAUGGACUGGUGGGAUGACUUGUGGUUGAAUGAAGGAUUCGCCAGUUACUUUGAGUUCCUGGGAGUAAAUGUUGCAGAACCCGAUUGGCAAAUGCUUGAACAGGUUCUAAUUGAUGAUGUGCUUCCUGUAAUGAAGGAUGACUCUUUGCUUUCUUCCCACCCAAUUGUGGUUGAUGUGUCAUCUCCAGCUGAAAUCACCUCCGUGUUUGAUGGGAUAUCCUACAGUAAGGGUGCAUCGAUUCUCAGGAUGCUUCAAGACUGGAUUACACCAGAAGUCUUCCAGAAAGGGUGUCAGGCAUAUUUGAAGAACCACCAUUUCCAGAAUGCCAAGACACAACAUUUUUGGGAAGCUCUGGAAAUGGCAAGUAAUAAACCUGUGAGUGAAGUCAUGGACACAUGGACAAGGCAGAUGGGAUACCCUGUUUUGGAGAUGGGAAAUAAUUCAGUACUAAGACAGAAACGUUUUCUCUUGGAUCCCAGUGCAGAUGCUUCUUCUCCUCCUUCUGAUCUUGGUUACAAAUGGAAUAUACCAGUGAAAUGGAGACUGGGGAAUUCAACAAAUUACAUGGUCUACAACACCUCCGAUUCUGCAGGAAUUACAAUAACAUCAUCUGCUAAUUCCUUUGUGAAUAUUAAUCCAGACCACAUUGGAUUCUAUCGUGUGAAUUAUGAUAGUCAAAAUUGGGCCACACUAAGCACUCUUCUGACCAGCAACCACAAAACUCUUUCAGCUGCUGACCGUGCAGGGAUUUUGGAUGAUGCCUUUUCCUUAGCAAGAGCUGGACUUGUGGAUUACUCUGUUCCUCUGAAUCUCACAGAAUACCUAAUAAAUGAAACAGAUUAUUUACCUUGGCACAGAGUUAUAUCAGCUGUGACUUACAUCGCAGACAUGCUUGAAGACGAUACAAAUCUCUAUCUCCGGUUUCAGGAAUAUUUUCGCUAUCUGGUAAAACCCAUUGUGAAUAAACUGAGCUGGACUGAUUCUGGAAGCCAUUUGGACAGGCUUCUUCGUGCAUCUGUUCUAGACUUUGCGUGCAGUAUGAAUGAUGCAGAAUCUCUUAACAAUGCUUCUCAACAGUUUGAGCAAUGGCUACAAGGACAAACCAUUGCUGUAAAUCUCCGACUCCUGGUAUACCGCUAUGGGAUGCAGAAUUCAGGCAAUGAGUCAUCAUGGAAUUACAUGUUCAAGACAUAUCAGGAAACUUCGUUAGCACAAGAAAAAGAAAAACUCCUGUAUGGCCUGGCAUCAGUGACUAACAUCACCCUUUUGGACAGGUAUCUAAACUACAUUUACAACUCCAGCCUCAUCAAAAGCCAAGAUGUGUUCACAGUCGUGAGGUACAUUUCCUACAACACCUAUGGAAAAACAAUGGCCUGGGACUGGAUUCGGCUUAACUGGGAAUACUUAGUUGACAGAUUCACUAUCAAUGAUAGAAACCUCGGUCGCUUAGUAACUAUCAGCCAAAACUUCAACACUGACCUCCAACUUUGGCAGAUGCUAAAUUUCUUUGAGAAAUAUCCUAAUGCUGGGGCAGGACAAUUGCCCAGGAGUCAGUCAAUCGAGCAAGUGAAGAACAAUAUUCAGUGGCUGAAAGAAAACAAGGAGGAGAUACGAAUGUGGCUAGAGGCAUGGCCAGGCCCUUAAAGUCUUUGUUAAAAACAUCAGGCAUUCAUUCUGUGCAUGCAGAUCCUCAGAUAUUUAGCAAUGUGGACUUCUCAACUAGGUAACUUAGAGGACCAAGGUCUAAUACUUCUUCUACAGACACUCAGGAGACCACUGCCAGAGCAAAGUUUGUGUAGCUGCUGAUCCUGGAUCUUGCCGGUGCCUGUGCGCAUGAAUAGCUUUAUAUUUUGAGAUAUUAAUUUGCCUGAACAAAUAGCACAAAUAUUUCAAGUUACUCGAGGCAGAAGUGAUGGCAGAAUUGGGGGUCCUUGCUGAUCAAGCUCAUCUCAGAUCUUCCAGAACCACUCUGAAAAUCUACUUCUUGGUUCAUACAGAAGUAUACCUACUAAACUCAGGGAUUCCUUUCCAAGUGCAUCUUGUGGGACCAUUGCUCUGAAGGAAAGGGAAUUAAACAGCAAUAUUAACUUUGUCUGAAAAUCAUCCCCUAUAUUUAUAUCCAUAAAAAUUUUACAUUUGGAAUUUAGCUUUGCGUUCUUAUACUACAGAAAGGCCAGUUAAACUUCCUUCUCCACUGAUUUUGGAAGUUUAACUACAGGUACACAAGUGAUCAAUGUUAUCAGCUUCCUUUUCAAUGUUAUUAGUUGAGAUUCUGUUGCUUAGGGAAGUGGUUGUCUUGGUUAUUUUUGUCUUAUUUCUAAGUCUUGUCAAAAGAACUUAUAGCAGCCAUUACUGCAAACAAGACAGAUGGUACUUUCUGUCUCUUUUCUCAAGGAAAAAUAAAACUUAAAAAUCUACCUGGAAA